UUCACACCACUAAUCUUUACUGUGGAGACUGUGGUGAUCGUUUCUGCAGCUGUGGAGACACACCAUGCCUGAGCCAUCCAAGUCUGCUCCAGCUCCUAAGAAGGGCUCUAAGAAGGCCAUCACCAAGGCGCAAAAGAAAGAUGGGAAAAAGCGAAAGCGCAGCCGUAAGGAGAGCUAUUCCAUUUAUGUGUACAAGGUACUGAAGCAGGUCCACCCGGACACUGGUAUUUCCUCCAAGGCUAUGGGCAUCAUGAAUUCGUUCGUCAACGACAUUUUCGAGCGGAUCGCCGGUGAGGCUUCGCGCCUUGCCCAUUACAACAAACGCUCGACCAUCACUUCCAGGGAGAUCCAGACGGCUGUGCGCCUGCUGCUGCCGGGGGAGCUGGCUAAGCACGCUGUGUCCGAGGGAACCAAGGCGGUUACCAAGUACACUAGCUCCAAAUAAGUGCUUUCAUAAGCACUUCGUAUUUCAAAGGCUCUUUUCAGAGCCACCCA